AUGGGCAGGAGGGGCUGGGGCUGCAGGCUAGCUGUCUCCACUGGUGUCCCCACUGCAGUCCUGUACGGCUCCCUGGCCCUGUUUGUCUCCAUCCUGCACAACGUCUUCCUGCUCUACUACGUGGAGACAUUUGUCUCCGUUUAUAAGAUCGACAAGCUCUCCUUUUGGGUCGGAGAGGUGAGUGACAGUUCCUGCCUUCCACAGGUUAUUAUAAUAUUUGUGGGUUAGGAUGUUUAACCCUACUGUUAUACUAACUCCUCCACCACUGACUCUCUGUCCCACACAGACAGUGUUCCUGAUAUGGAACAGCUUGAAUGACCCUCUCUUUGGCUGGCUGAGUGACCGCUCCUUCCUCAGCUCCCCACAGUAAGACGUUCUCUUUUAAUAUUUUUCCUCAAAUCAAUGGUGUAGCUCUCUCUUUUUCACACUCUGUCUUGAAAGUACAGUUAGUGGUAGAAGUUUCUUUACCGUUGCACUAGCCUUUUUUUUUUCUUCUCUCCCCUCCAUCGUAGGUCUGGCCCCCAGAUCUCCAACCCAGAGGUGGUACUAAAGCGGCUGGCUGCCCUCUCCAGGAAUGGCCCCCUGUUCGCCCUCUCCUUCCUGGCCUUCUGGGUGUCGUGGGCGCGGCCGGGCCUCCAGUUCCUGGUGUGCUUGUGCCUGUACGACGGCUUCCUCACCGUGGUGGACCUCAACCACAACGCCCUGCUGGCCGACCUGGCCGUGUCGGCCUACGACCGCACGCGCCUCAACUUCCACUGCUCUCUGUUCAGUGCCCUGGGCUCGCUCUCUGUCUUCCUGUCCUACUGCGUCUGGGACAAGGGUAACUUCUACUCGUUCCGGCUGUUCUGCGUGGCGCUGGCGGCCGUCUCGGCUCUGGGCUUCACCGCCGUGUCGCGCCUGUUGAAGAGCCGCUUUCAGAAAGAGGCGUGCCUGAGGGAGGACGAGGCGGUGAAACUCAAGGAGUAG